AACAUUCACCGACUCCGGUGGCGAAAGCCAUGGUGCCGUAGUGGAGAUGCUGCGCGCCUGUGCUGCACAGCUUCUAUUGGCCACGCUGGCAUUUCUGCUGCUGUAUGUGAUCACAGGGCCAGAGGGAUCCCCUGGGGGAUCGCAUUUUGCCUUGCUGGUUCUAUACCUCGCAGCCCUGUGGGUCGGCAAGUUGACAGCACCCUUCAAGAAGCUUCCUCCAUUGCUGCCCAUGCUCCUGGUCGGCUUCUUGCUGCGGAACGUGCCGGAACUGGGCACCAUGAUCGGGAAACAGGUGGAUCCAGAGUGGUCUUCCGCCCUGAGGUUGAGUGCGUUGACGCUGAUCCUUACGCGAGCUGGAUUGGCGAUGGAUUUGAAUGCCCUCUUGCGCUUGCGCUUUGUAGUGCUUCAGUCGAGUUUUGACGUGGAAUCCGCUGAGGUCCUGCGCCUUGCGAUGCUGCCCUGCCUCUGCGAAGCGACCGCGGCGGCUCUGCUGGCGACAUGGCUGCUGGACUUCCCUCCGCUCUGGGCUGCAAUGUUGGGCUUUGUGGUCGCUGCUAUCUCUCCAGCCGUGGUGGUGCCCUCAUUGUUGGCCCUGCAGGACCAAGGCUUUGGUGUGGAAGCUGGAAUCCCAACUAUGGUGGUAGCUGCCGCACCGUUGGACGAUGUCUUGUCGAUUGCAGGUUUCGGCAUCUGCUUGGGGAUUAGCUUUGCGGAAAGCAGCUGGCUCAACUAUGCCAGGGCACCUCUGGAACUACUUUUGGGCCUGGGCACAGGGAUGAUUGGAGCCGCGCUGCUCGCGGUAUUGACUCCAAGCUCUAACGAGGAGGAAGGCGCAAAGGACCUGCGACUGCUGCUGUUGCUCAGCGCAGCCCUGUGCACCGCCUUUGGUCUGAGAGAGGUGGGCUUUUCUGGUGCCGCAGCACUGGCGGUUUUAGUACUGGGCGCUGGCUGCGCAAGAGGUUGGGGUCCAGCUGCCAAGCCAGUGUCUGCCAGCAUAGCAGAUCUUUGGACGAGGCUUGCCCAACCCUUGCUUUUCAGCUUGGUCGGAGCAUCAGUGGUGGUGACCGACUUGGAGACAGAAACCUUGGCUGGUGGACUUCUGAUCAUUUUCAUCGCUGGUCUGGUUCGCUUUUGUGCCGUCAUGCUGGCGCUGAGCGGCCGUGGCAUGAAACAACAGGAGAAGUUCUUCACGGCCAUCGCUUGGACGCCCAAAGCCACGGUUCAGGCAGCCCUGGGAGGCCUGGCGCUCGAUGAGGCGAGGGAGGACAACGAGGAGCUGCUGGGGCGGCGCCUUCUGGCCGUGGCCGUGCUUUGCAUCCUGGUCACGGCCCCGCCUGGGGCGACACUGAUUGCGCUGAUGGGGCCACGGCUUCUCCAGAAGGUCGACAAACCAGAAGUGGAAGAUACAGGGCUGGACAAACCAGAGAUGGAUGUCGUCCCGGCAGAGACCCUGCCAGGCUUCUUGCAGAGACCGGCUGAGUUGGAGUUCCAGAACACAACAUGGUCACCAAGAAUUGGUUGCGGAAAAAUUGGAAGGAGAGCUGGAGAACUGCUAGUCAAGCAUGUUCUUGAUAAUGACCUGAGGACUUCGGUCCUUGCUUUUUAGCAUCUCCAAAAGGAGACUCAUUGUGUAAAUGUGACAAAAAGCGCUUUGGCACUGGCACAGACCAGCCGUGGUUUGCUCAAAGCACCGGAUUGCGCAAGC